CUAACUUAAGUAUUCUUGAGCUGGCCACACUUUUCCCUUGUUAUCAGCUUAUAAUUUCACAAUUUAAUUUACAAAAAUCCGCAAUUAAAUAUUAAUGAAAUGGAAGCACCUCCACCGGAACACUGUCCUGGCGUGGAAAGUGAGCGGGCUGGAAAAGAAAGCGCCUGUGCCGGUUGUCCGAACCAGAGAAUCUGCAGUGAUCCCAACAAAAAACUUGAGGAUCCGGGCAAAGCUUUAGUGGCUGAAUCCCUCAAAGAUGUUCGACACAAGCUGUUGAUCCUCUCUGGCAAGGGAGGCGUGGGGAAGAGCACGGUGACCAGCUUACUGACCCGAUACCUAGCCAGAAGCUUUCCGGAUAGUAACUUUGGCGUCUUAGACAUCGACAUCUGCGGUCCAUCACAACCUCGUUUGCUGGGCGCCCUAGGGGAGAAUGUGCAUCAGUCUGGUUCCGGCUGGUCACCAGUGGGAAUCGACGACAAUGUCUGCCUUAUGUCCAUUGGGUUUCUGCUUGGCUCUGUGGAUGACGCCAUCAUUUGGCGUGGUCCCAAGAAGAACGGCAUGAUUCGGCAGUUCUUAAGCGAGGUGGACUGGGGCAAUCUUGAUCUUCUACUGCUGGACACACCGCCUGGCACCUCUGAUGAACACCUUUCCGUCGUUUCCUACCUCAAGGACGAAAAUAAACCGGAUUCUCUUCGCGCCGUCUUGGUGACUACUCCACAGGAAGUGGCUCUCCUGGAUGUACGCAAGGAAAUCAACUAUUGCAAGAAGCAAAAUAUCCCCAUUGUGGGCGUGAUCGAGAAUAUGAGCAGUUUCCGUUGCGGAAAUUGUGGGAAUAGCUCGGAAAUCUUUCCCGCCAAAACCGGAGGAGCUGCUGCUAUGUGUGCCGAAAUGGGAGUACCGCUGUUGGGUUCGCUGCCUUUGGAUCCCCAAGUGGCUAAGGCAUGCGAUUCUGGCGAAGAUAUAACUACGAUCAAAAAUACUACUACCGAGGCGCUGGAAGGGAUUUGCUCAAGAAUUAUGGCUAGCUUUAGUUAAGAAUGCGAGGAUGUAGCAUAAUAAUAACAAAACUUUUAAAUAAAAAAUAGUGUCAGUAA